CUCCACCUCUCCAAAGGGUGUAGCUCUGUUCUGCGUUCAGAUCUGCAUCUCAAGUAUCAUCUGUUUAAUCUUUAUUUAAAGCAAGUGGGAGGUCAGAUUGGAUAAAGGACCAGCUACGUGUCUUCCUGCACCUUCCCUCCUCUGAACCCUCAGUUUCUACUCCAGAGUCGGGAAACAGCAGGGUUGGUGAAAAACUUUUCAAGUUCCAACUGAAAAGCCAAAAUGAAGAGCCUCUUCUAUGCCAGGUGUGUGAGCAAGUGUGGGGUUCAGCACAAGCAUCUUGGCUUGGUAAAGCGACAAAACUUCACAGAUCUGUACGUCAGCUGCAACAUAAAAAGUCCUCCAGAGUCCCUGAGUAGUUCUUCCUGGGUCAAGAGCAGAGGGAAACCAAAACAAGGAGCAUUUGUUAUGGAAGAGGAAAAACCAUGGGCUCUGAUCUCAGAGGUGGGCGAGCACGGUUACCUUGAAGAAGUUACUGAUAUAAUGAAACAACACUUUCAAAUCAUCUGCCACAGAGACUUCCUACAAAACCCUCUGCUGCACGGUCCUAAAAUCCAGGCCGUGUUCAUAUGGAACGCCUGUCCUGCAGCCGAGCCUUCACUGCUCAGUUUACUUCCCUCACUGAAGGUGGUCGCCAACGGAGGAGUGGGCAUCGACCACCUUGAUGUGCCGCACAUCACCAGUCUCGGGGUGAAGGUGACCAACACGCCCGGCGUGGUGAGCGAUGCCACUGCAGAUAUCGCCAUGGGUCUGCUUCUGGCUUCGGCACGGAGGAUUGUUGAGGGUCACCUAAUAGCUGUUGACCCCAAGACCAGCCAUAUGCGACAAUGCCAGAUGGGAGUUGAAGUCACAGGGUCGACUCUGGGGAUCAUUGGAAUGGGACACAUCGGAUACAAAAUCGCUCAGAGAGGCAAAGGAUUUGACAUGAGGAUCCUAUAUCACAACAGGAACAGAAGGAGUGUUGAGGAUGAGCAGGCGGUGGGAGCAGGUUACCGCCAAAACAUGGAUGACCUGCUUAAAGAGUCGGACUCUGUGAUGCUGGCGGUCAACCUGACCCCUGAAACCACCCGUCUGAUCGGCCAGAGAGAGUUGUCCCUCAUGAAACCCACAGCAACACUGGUCAACAUCAGCAGAGGUCUGGUCGUGGACCAGGAGGCCUUAGUUAAAGCUCUGCAGCGUUCUACAAUUCGGGCAGCUGCAUUAGACGUGACUCACCCUGAACCUUUACCAAGGGAUCAUCCUCUACUUGGUCUUUGUAAUGUGCUGAUCACACCCCAUAUUGGCACCCACACUUACGCGACAACCAGAAGGAUGGUGCAGAGGAUGGUAGAAAAUGCUGUUGCUGCAGUGAAAGGCCUACCUAUUCCCAAUGAAGUCAAGCCAGAAUGACUUAACCGUCAAUACAUUAUCUGUCUGAAUUUAGAAAUGCUGAAUUGUUGGCAUUUUUGUCUCCACUAAGAAAAAGAUGAAAUGCUUUUACUUCCUCAUAAAUGAGUUUUUACCUGUUUGGUUGUACGUUGGUCUAUCUAAUGAUCGGCCACAAUCACUGUGAUAAACAUGACCAUUUACAUUACAUUAAGAUAACUAACGUAUCAAUUCAAAUCACGAAUCAUGAAUAAGUGUUAGAUAUCAACUAGCAUGAUGAUUUUAAUGUUUAAGUAUAACCUUAAAACUUUAUUCAGAUUAAAUGAUUGUUACACUAAAAUGCAUGUAAAAGUUUUACAACAAAAUAAAAUAGAAUGAAAUAACAAAGCUACCUCAAAUUUUGAACUUUGCACACUUGGCUUUAGUUCCUUGAAUUAUAUAGCAGACAACUCAUCGUCAUGUCAGAUCUUCACCAUAAUUAACAACUGUUAAAGCAUUUGUGGUCGGUUUAGCUUGCAGAGUUGGACCUCAUAAAUUACUUGCUUUUUGUGAAUAAUAGACCAAUCACAAUGUUCCUCACCUCACAUUCCCUCUAUGCCACAAGUCGAAGACAGCCCUCGCUGCUGUUUUCAGAUUAUUUUCCUGUGCUUAAUGUCUAAGUUCACCCAAGAAAAAAUAGCAAUGUAACACAGGUCAAAGACAAUUACAUUAAUUAAUAGAUAAACAAAUAAUCAAGCCCGCCUCCGAUCAGUCUCAGGAAAUAACAGGUCUGAAACUCAAAGCUCAGGUUGAAAGGGUGAGUCUUUCUUGUAAAAUUAACACAUAUGAUGGAAGACAUUGUUAUUAAGAAUAUUCUAGUGUCACAGACAUCGAAACAAAAACCUGGAAAACCUGUGUGUAUCUUUUUAAUCACAUAUAUUAAAAUGUAUCCAUAUUAUUGGC